AUGGGUGGCACUCUACGUCCCGACGCUGUUCCCGACUUUAGCCGUUUCGAAACUAAGAAGGAUAACGAUUCUGUUGAAUCCGAUGGUCAAUCUACUAAAGCACUGCCCAAAAUUACCGAAGUACCUCUGCGGCCUGAACAAGAUGAUAGCAAAUCUGUAAAAGCUCGGGAAGCAGAUAAUGCUGCUGAUACUAGAAAAAAUGAUGAAAUGGAGGCGAUAAAGGACCAAGAGGCUCCCGAUGCGACCGUGAACAAAAGCGAGACUCAAGCUUCAACAGGAGCAACGCAACCACCUCAGGCCUCUUCUAGUUGGCUGGGGUGGUUUGGCAGAUCAUCAGCCCCAGAGGUGGUUACCCCGAAGGACGAAAGUAUGGAAGUCGAUCCUCCUAAAGAGCCCGAAAAUAUGGAACUAGAUACAUCUCAACCCUCUUCCAAACUUCCUCAACCUCCUCAACCUGACCAGACCCCGACGGAACCUAUUGAAUCUACUUCUACUAAGCCGUCGAGCUCUUGGUUUGGAUAUUGGUACUCAUCAGCAACGCCCUCUGUACCAGAAAACUCUGCGCAAACGCCGACUGAUACACUACCGGCUCAAGAAUCUACACUGAAGGGAAACCAAGACGUAGUUAUGGAAGAUGACCCACCUUCGAAGCCGGUAGAAGUGAGCCAGCCGUCUGUUAGUUCGACGUGGGCUUUUUGGUCCAGAGAUACAGGCCAGAAAAGCAACACGAAAAUGGCCGCUACGCCAGAAUCCGGCGAGUUGGCUAUUAUGGGGGACGGUUCGGAGGCGAAUCCGAGACACUCGACCAGUGUCGAGGUUAAUGGAAGUGAAAUGCCAGUAAAAGAAGCUUCAGUCAAGACGUUGAAGGAGGCACCUAGUAGGGUGAACUCCUCUAAGAAGAACAAGAGGAUACGACCUCAGUCUCUAGAUAUCGGUGAGCAGAUAUCAAGACCAGGGACUCCACAGUCAGACGUGUCUACGAAGACUGCACCACCGAAAUCAUCUGCUCCGGGUUCAAGCAAGUCGUCUGCACCGAAUCUGCUUCUGCCUUCCUUUCGUAAUACGUAUCGUAUGAAGAACAACCCAUCAAUCGUUAAGCAGAUUACACAAUUGCUACUGCGGACGCAACAGCCCCCUACAAAUCACGUAUUUCUUGUUAAAGAACCACCGAAAAUCAAGAAAGCCGUUGCGAUUGGCAUCCACGGUCUUUUCCCGGCAUCAUUUCUGAGGCCGAUGAUUGGCCAGCCGACAGGGACCUCGAUUCGCUUUGCGAACCAUGGCGCUGAGGCGAUACGGAGGUGGGCAGAGAGUCACGGUUGUGGGGACUGUGAGAUUGAAAAAGUCGCUCUUGAGGGUGAAGGAAAGAUUGCGGAUAGGGUCGAUAACCUCUGGAAGCUUCUCCUAAACUGGAUAGAGCAUAUCCGUGGCGCAGACUUUAUUGUUUUAGCUUGUCAUUCUCAAGGAGUCCCUGUUGGCUUAAUGCUCCUUGAAAAGCUAAUAGAUUUGGGCAUCAUCACUAACUCGAAAGUUGGGGUUUGCGCUAUGGCUGGUGUUUCGCUUGGGCCUUUCCCUGACUACAAGUCCGGCAUGGGUAUGUUGAUGGGCUCUGCUGCUGAGUUAUGGCAGUUUGCCGACCCCGAAAGCGAAAUAUCCAAGAGAUACCAACAUUCACUUGAAGCUGUUGUUAAUUAUGGAGCUCGUAUCACUUACAUUGGCAGCAUUGAUGAUCAACUGGUUCCUAUGGAAUCCGCGAUCAAUGCGCCAGCUUCACAUCCUUACAUAUACCGCGCUGUAUUCAUAGAUGGACGUAUUCACGCUCCAGAUUUCAUUGCUCAUCUAGUUGGGUUCGCACUGAAACUGCGAAACCUGGGGAUAUCCGAUCACGGCCUCAUCCGUGAGCUCUCCAUACCACUAGCCGGUAGUCUCUAUUCUGGAGAGGGCCAUUCGAGGCUUUAUGACGAUGAGCGAGUUUACGACUUGGCAAUUUCACACGCUCUCGAGACUACUAAUGUUUCUGGCGUCCCAUGCCGAAUUCAGAGGCAAGAGAAAUUGGCAAAUCCAAACCCCUUUCUGUUGCCUUGGAUUAUGCGUGGAUUACUAGAAGAGGAGUUUGUUAAGACAGAAUUGUACUCGGAGACGACGGAACUGCUAAAGCAGUUUGACGAUUGGUCGCCUAGCACUAAGGCACUCAAAGACGUCAAGUACAGGCUAGAGGUUGUCCGGUCAAAGCUCUAG